AUGACCUGCUACCCGGGCUUCCUAUGCGGCUGCCGCUGCGCAGCCAGCCGGGCGGCCGCCCUGCACUCCCUGCUGAAAUACCAAACAGCGGCUGCAGCUUCCUCUCUCCUGGCCGGGCUGCCGCUGUCCGGCGGGCUGCAGCGGCGCCUCCUCACGCGCAGCCGGCUGAGCCCGGCCGAGUCGUUGCUCCCCUCCUUCGCCGCCGCCGGGUUCCCACCCCAGCGCCUCCUCCAGCAAGAGAGCUCAGGCUCGCCUGGACCAGGACCCUUCGCGCUGGGCCAGCAGAGCUCUUCUGGGUUCGCCCUGUCGCGGCUGGAUCAGCGGCGGGGGAGGAGCGCGGGGCUCCCCUGUGGCGGUGGGUUCCGCCCCACCCGGGUCGUGGUGGUGGCCAAGACCACCAGAUACGAGUUCGAGCAGCAGCGGUACCGCUACGCGGAGCUCUCGGAGGAAGAUCUCAAACAGCUGCUUGCAUUGAAGGGAUCUAACUACGGUGGACUACUGGAGCGACAUUAUAUUCAUACAAAAAAUGUGGAGCAUGUUGUAGACAGUUUACGGAAUGAGCAGAUCGAGGUCCGUCUUGUUAAACGCCGAGAAUAUGAUGAAGAGACCGUUCGAUGGGCAGAUGCUGUUAUAUCAGCAGGAGGUGAUGGCACAAUGUUGCUGGCAGCUAGUAAAGUCUUUGACAGAUUUAAACCAGUUAUUGGAGUAAAUACUGAUCCAGAAAGAUCUGAGGGCCAUUUGUGUUUGCCUGUACGAUAUACACACUCCUUUCCAGAAGCAUUACAGAAGUUUUAUCGUGGUGAGUUCAGGUGGCAGUGGCGGCAGCGAAUCCGGAUGUAUCUUGAAGGAACUGGUAUUAACCCUACCCCUGUAGAUUUGCAUGAACAGCAGUUAAGCCAGGAGCAGCACAGCAGGGCCCACGUUAAUGGAAGAUUCCAUGAUCAAAGAUCUGAAGUUUCUGGACCACAUCUUUUGCCAGUGAGAGCACUAAAUGAAGUCUUCAUUGGAGAGUCUCUCUCAUCCAGGGUGAACUAUAAGUCCUGCAAACCCAGUUUUAAAUUCUCGCUUCAUAGGGCCUCCUACUAUGAGGUAUCAGUUGAUGAUGGUCCAUGGGAAAAGCAGAAGAGUUCAGGGCUCAAUGUAUGCACUGGAACAGGAUCAAAAGCCUGGUCCUAUAAUAUUAACAAGGUGGCAACCCAGGCUGUUGAAGAGAUCCUUAAGAUUGCUAAAAAGCAUGAGAGCUUGAAUCUUCCUUUGAGCAGGGAAUUAAUACAGAAAGUAACAAAUGAAUAUAAUGACUCCCUGCUGUAUAGUCCAGAAGAACCAAAGAUGUUUUUCAGUAUUCGAGAGCCUAUUGCAAACCGGGUUUUUUCAAGUAGUCUGCAGCGUGGGUUCUUUUCAAAGGUUUGUGUCCGGUCACGUUGUUGGGAUGCCUGUAUGGUGGUAGAUGGAGGAACUUCUUUUGAGUUUAAUGAUGGGGCAAUAGCUUCAAUAUUGAUCAAUACAGAAGAUGCUUUGCGCACUGUUUUGCUAGAAGAAUGAAGAAAUUUAAUACAGUCUGUUGAAAUCCUACUAAAUCCUGCACCCGGAAAAGGGAAUCACUGCAGAGAUAGACAGUACAUCAGAAUGCUGCAUUAUUUUAAGUUGGAAAAUUUUCUUCUCUUGAUGCAAGAAUAUUGAGAAGAGACCUGAAAUCAUUUCCCAUUCCUGGGAUGGGGAAAUCUUGGAAAAAACUGUUUUUUGAGCUUUAUUGCACCUGACACAAAGGAAAUGUAUCUAACUUCAGUGAAAUGUGAUUUUUUUAACCUUUUAAGAUGAAUGUGACAGAACACUUUUUUUAAAAAUUAGGUAGAUGGGUUCAAAUGAAAUAAAGUGGUUAGCCUUGAAUAUUCAACUGUACAGUUUUUUCAUAGCAGUCUGGAACUGAAUGAACCAAACACUUCAACCCUGCAUACAUAUUAUACUUUUACAGAAAAGUAUGCUAAGAUUCAUUGAGUUGAUGCAAGCAUAAAGAAUAGACUUUGGAAAAUAAAUCUUGAUGUUGGCCUAACUGAAAUGGAGAUUUUUUUUUUGUACCCUCUUCAGACUUUUACAAUGCUACUUUGUGGUAUGGUUUGUGGUAGAUCUUUCAGCUCUUCCAGUGAUUUUCUACUAUUUUGGUAUCUACUUCAGGACUUUUUUUUGGAAAAUGUUUGUUCCGGUGACUAGAAAAACUCAUUUAUUUUGAGUGAGGUAACUCUUCCCUAUGUUUCAUCUGAAAUCUAGAUUUUUGUUGUUGUUGUUGUUGCCUGCUAUAAAUCUACUUUUUAAUACAAAUUAUUUUAACUACAAUAAAUUAUGCUGCUUCAAUUAAUACAUUAACUGGCCAGCAAGUAUU